AAAUUUUUGCUGCAACCAAAAUACGAGCACUGCCCCGAGACAAACUCAUCUACGCCUCUACAUACGUCCAUCAACCCACAUCACUGUUAUCAACCGCCCGCACCAUGUCCUCAGACGACGCCUAUAUGUCCUUUCUAGACAAGGCAAACGCAGACCUCGAUAGUGGCCGCGCACAACAAGCAAACACAACUCAGCAGGCCCGUACAGAAACCGUAGACGUCAACGUCAAAGUUCCGGCCCCGCUUACAUCCGUCGACGCAUACUACAUCUCCGACACGGACGAGCCGUUUGAGCCUGUUGCACUGAAGUGGGAGGGAGCGCAGAGGGGAGUUUGGCCUGAUGCCUCAUCCUUUUCGAAACUCAUCUCAGUCAACACAGACCUGUCGGACACCAUUGAGACAUUAUCGCCUUCUUCAUUUGAUCCAAGAAAUCAAUAUGCUUCCGCGCUUAGGGCAGUGCGUGCUGCUGCUGUCGAGAAUUCGAAAGGGGACGAGUCUGCGGUCGAGGUGAAGGUUUAUCGGGUUGAGGUUGGAACGUCACGUGUUGAGUAUUAUAUUACGGCCUUAGAUGGGGAGGGGGGCUUGCUUGUGGGGUUGAGGGCGAAGGCGAUUGAGAGCUAG